GGUUUGAACACUAAUUGAGAAGGCUUCACUCGGGUGUUGCUCCCCCUAGAUAGUAAUCAUGACUUGUCGGAUCAAAUGCAAAUAUGUGGUAAAGGUGGUUGACCAUAGGGGAGCGCAACAAGUGAACACGCGUCACUCUCUCGGUCACUAAGCCAAGGGAUUUGGAAUCAAGCUACCAAGGCAGCUUUCUUGGCCAAUCGACUAAGAGUUACUUGGGCUUCUCCCUCGAACCGUAGUCUACACAGCCAAAACACAUCCUACCCAAGGUGCUAAUACGUAUUAAGAGGUUUUCCCUAAUUCAACCUAAGUAGGUGACACAAUUUGGCCAAUGAAUUCCAGCUUUUACAAGCCUCUUAGCAAGAAGGGGAUUUCCCUCUACCUAGGUCAAAAUGGCAUAAGAGUUGGAAAUGCAAAACACAACACAACCUUCAUAAAAAUACCUCAUAAAUUGUAUUAAAACACAAGCACACACAAGUCGUUCAAUCCAUGCAAAUAUUCACAUAAUUAUAGCUAGGGUUUACAAACACCCAAGUGAAAGAAAGGAAUACUCCAUGCUAAGAAGAGGGAAUACACAAAGGAGAACAGAGAAACCCAUCUUGAUGAUGUUUGUCUUAUUACUUGUGGAGUGGAGAUCAACCUUGGAGGAAGAAAUUCCCAAAACUUUGCUCUUAGAUGAAACCCUAACUUCUCCUCCAUCCCUUGGUCAUCACUUUCUCACUCUAGAAAUCUGAAGAAGAAGUCACUCUCACUAGGUUCUACCUCUUUUAUUCUGCACACUAAAAACCUACCAAAAAGCUCCUUUUCUCUCUACCAGCAACCUUCUAUUUAUAGAGCCCGAUAGUCACUUUCAAGGUCAGCAGUUCACGGCCAUGACUUUUAAGCUCUGACCAUGACAUCGGACCACAACGCAACGUCUUGGCCGAUUUUAGUCCGACUUCACGAUCUCUGGGAAAUUAUCACGGUCAAGCGACCGUGAUAACCCUUAUGCCCACGAGACGUGCGAAAAUUGUUAUGGAUCCCACAGUCUUCAUGCCCUCGGGGCAAUUGUCACGGUCUUUGGACUUUUCUUCACUUUUUGGUGCUUUUCAACCUCCAAUCGUCCCGAAUCCUCGACCCUUCCACACGUGCUAGGACCUGAAAUGUAUAAAAAUAACACAACCUAACGCAAAAUAGGUCAAGAGACGAUGAAAUUCAAAGUUGAACUAUCAAGAAAUGAGUGGUAAAAUGUGUACAAUUGGACCCGAAUCAACAUCCUAAUAUGACAAUAUUCUCUUCGAGUUAGGGAUGUGUUUGAUGACAUGUCAACCAAAGAGACCAUGAAAUGACUCAAAACAACCCUAAAUAUGAGGGUUAAAUAACACAAUUUUGGGUGUUAUCAUUUCCCCCACACUUAGGUGCUUGCUUGUCUCCAAGCAAACCUACUCAAACUAGUAAAACUUGGUAAACAAUUAAUAUGGUAUGCACUAUAGUUCUUCAUUGCACUAGUUCGAAUAGUCUGGGUCAAGUGAACGUUAGACCCAUCUUACUGUGAAAACACAAACUCCUAGAUGAGGUUCAUGCCAAAUAAAUAUAUUUAGACAUUCAAGGUAUGCGCCGGGGGCUGUCAAAAACAAUAAAAACAAUGGACUCUUUGAAGGUUAUAUUUAUUCUUUCUUUUCAAUGUAGAAGUCAAAUUUUGAAUAUCCUUUUUAAACAUUAUCGAACUUGGCACCAAACAUUAGCAAUUUUGCAAAUAGGAAUCUCUCCUUCGUGACCAAGAGCAAAAAGAUGUUGCCUUCUCAUUCUCGGCUCCAUGUGGGGAACAUGAUGGUCAAAUUCACUGCCUGAGCACCACUUCCUAGUCUGCACUACUUGUCUCAACAACAGACGUGUUGCCACACAUGUCGGGUACAAACGAGAGCCGAGGUCCCAUGAGUCGCUAAAAGGCAUGCUAUCUCCUUACCGUACGAGUCCUUAGGAGGAGAGGUUUUUUGGGGAGGAAGGUUGUAAAAGACGACUGGGACGCUAGAAAGCUCUCAAAACCCCAAACACAUCCUCAAAUGGAACUUCGGACCGAGAAAAGAGCCCUUAAACAGCUUAACUAAAAAAUUAUGCCAAGUUGCCUCUCACGUGAGAACCUCAAUUUUGAAAAGAUUUUUUCAAAGUUGAGCACAUUUUGAAAAUGUUGCUUAUUCCAAAAUUGGGAGAGAAUCCCGCACAUAUCCUAACCUAAGUAGCAAAAAUUAUCAGCUCACCAAAGAGGAAUAUAGAAGUAAAACCCCUCGUACACCGACAUCUCUUGUAAAUGCACACUACUCCCUACAAAGCACACACCAUCGGCCACCUAAUAAAAUCAAAGCACAUUGAGGAGGUAGAUGCAAUGGACAAGAUGUUUGAAACCCUCAAAUUUGAUUUUUUUGGGUAUUUCAUCAAGGUUCCAAAAACACCACAAAACACAUUCAAUCGAUAGCAAACACUCCCACACAUAAAUAUCAACGUCUUACAUUCACAAUCAUAGGGAGGCUACUAAUGACCAUGGCACAAUCAUCAUGAAUCAUUCAAACAUGCAUGCACAUCCCCUACCACACUUGAGAGACACAUUGUCCUCAAUGUGGAAGAAUAAAGAUAGGUUGAUGAAGGGUUACCAUAGGGUGUUUUGUGGGUUGGUGUAGGUGCACAAGUGUAGGUCUUGAUCAUCUUGGUGAUUAUACAACGAUAAAGCCCGCAAGAAAGAGAGAAAAUAGCAUGGUUCAGGAAACCGUACCGGACGUCAUACCGGAUUCAUAUCUGGUAUGAUAUUUUGUGGUACGACCGUGGUUCAAUCGUUUCAUAUCGGUAAAUACCGUUUUUGUAAUAGUAAAAUACUUUUUGGUAAAAAACCGUACUGGCAAAAACAUGAAACCGUUCCGCAGUAAAACCGGAAUAACAUCGAAAAAUACCAGAUAGAAAAUAAAAAAAUAUUAACAUAAAAAUUAUAGGUAUAUAAUGGAAUAACUUAAUAUUACAGGGACUAAACACAUAGAAUAAUUUCAGGUAUCAUGCAAUAAUUUUUCAAUCCAUCUAGAAAACUCUUUGUCUACUCUAUUGUCUAUUCACAUUCCAAUUUCCAUUUUCAGUACUGUCUCUCCACUCUCUCUCUCUCCAUUUUACAAAUUCCAAUAUGCUUCUCUCUUGAAACAAUACUUUCCUUACGAACAAAAAACUAAGAAGGCAGAGAGGGAGGGUAGAGUCUUGGCGACGUGAAGGAGAUCGGAGGGAAUAAUGGCGGUCAGCGGAGAGGGGACUGCAAUUUAUUUGACAUGGCAACCGCCGCCGCCAACGGGGAAAAAUGCCGCCAACGAGAGCGUUGGAGACUCGGCGGCGUUCUCAAGCUCGUCCUUUUUGCCGGUCGUCGGAGACAGGGAUGAGUUGGGGAAGAUGAAGGGCGGUUCGCGGUCGAAGAGAAGAGAAGAGAAGAGAAGAGAAGAGGGAGACUCGACGGCUUUCUCGAGCUCGUCCUUCUCGCCGGUCGCCAGAGGCAAGGUUGUGCUGGAGAAGGCGAAGGACAGCGGCGUCCUUGGGCACUCGAGCUCAUCCUUCUCGUCGUUCGCUACCGGCAACGGUGAGCUAGAGAAGAGGAGCGGCGGGGUGAAUCUGGAGAAGAGAAGUGGAGCAGUCUAUUAGGGAUUUGUAUUUGGAACUGCGAUGUUCAGUUUCAAAUAGCCUACCGCCGGUAGAAACAAAACCGGCCGAUAUUUCCUUUCAGACCGGUUAAACAAAAAAAAACCCGGGCGGCACGAUAAUUCAGCCACUAAAUGGCUACUGUUUCGUUUCUAGACCGGUUUCCGAUUGAACCGGUUGAACCGGCUGGUACGAUCCUGUUUCCUUGUCCAUGGAAAAUAGAAGGUUAUGGGGCACAAAUGCAAAGUAGUUAUAUAAACAAGUCUACUACUACUAGGUAAUAAAAAGUACGAGUACGAAAAUGAAAAACGUAAAAAUAGACAUUGUUUAUUAAAGUCAAAAGAAAGAAAAUAUAUAAAAAAAAUAAGCCUUGGAUGUCUAGAAAUCAAUCCUCCUCGUUGUUGGUGUCUAUGUCGCCCCUUUCUCGGCAUCAAGCUGCAUAUCCUCAAAGACGAUAUCGUCGCCUUUGGAUGGGGGCGAUAAAGGAAAUGAUUGCUCCAUCGCUGGAGGGGGCCACCUUCAUCUCCUUCAUAAUCAUUUGAACAGUGCCAACAAUAUUCCUUCUAGCCUUCCUAUCAAACCUCCCUUUGAUUACCAAGAAGUUGAAUGUUUUGCUUGAUAAGUUUAGCAUUUUGCUCGACCAAUGUAGCAAGAAGAGUUGCAUGGUCACCUGAAGAGGAUCCUUCUUCUUUUGUGCUUGCUCUUCAUCAGCUAUCUUGAGGUUGUAGGGAGAGCGACCGAGGCAUUAUUCCCAUGAUUUUCUUUUGCCCCCAAACACUUAAAUAAGCUUCAUGUUGGAAAGAUGAUCUGCGGUGAAUAGUUGGGUGGAUCUCAUGACUAUGCAAUUACUAGCUUCCAAAUCGAUCCCGAAUAAUCUUGCGAGCCUAGUGACGCAGAGUCCUCCACAAAUAGUCUUGAGCUUAAAGUUUGUAACAUUAUUGUAGAGUGUCUUAAUAAUGACCAUUCUGAGAUGGAGGUGGGGUUCAACAAACAUCAAUUGGAGGAGGUUUAAGUUCUUCUUUGUCAAGUUUCUAGCACUAUUCUCCUUUGUAGUGACCGUAUGAGAGAGGACAUUUUGAAUGAUCCUCCAUUCGGACUUGAGGAAAGUGCUCUUAGUAGUUGUUGGAUAAAACGGUCUUGGUGGUCCACACUUCACAACUGGCUCAUGAUGAAAUUCUCAGGAUGGUUGCAAGUACCAAGAUCUUCUCCUUCUAAAGCUCGGCCUUUCACAGUAGGUAAAAAUCUCGGGGGAUAGAUCCCCAUCACUUCUAUGAACUCAUUGCUCUUGGUUUCCCUCCAAGUGAAAAGGUGGUCAUGUUGGCAAAAUGUUGGUUGAUGGUGAGAAUUGAACACUUAACCAUUCAGAGAAAAUCAAGAAAAGGCUUUGCAUAGA